CACUCCAGGAAGCUUUUAUUUUGAAAUAGCACACAGGGGAAAUCGGAAGGGAAAAUCAGCUGGAAUCCGCGGAAAUCCUCGACAGGACUAUAUUUAUUUACUUAGCUAGCAAUUUGUUUGUCAGCCAGUGUUUUUCGCUCCCAUCGCUUUACUGUUAAAGCGCCUCCCUGGCGAUGUCGGAGUCCUACGAUUUCCUGUUUAAAUUUCUGGUGAUUGGGAAUGCUGGAACAGGCAAAUCCUGCCUGCUGCACCAGUUUAUAGAGAAGAGAUUUAAGGAUGAAUCUAACCACACCAUCGGUGUGGAGUUUGGCUCAAAGAUCAUCAGUGUGGUCAACAAAAUGGUCAAACUGCAAAUCUGGGACACUGCAGGACAAGAACGCUUCAGGUCUGUGACCAGGAGUUACUACAGAGGAGCAGCAGGAGCUCUACUCGUCUACGAUAUCACCAGUCGAGAAACAUACAACACUUUGACCACAUGGCUGAGUGAUGCCAGGAUGCUGGCCAGUCAGAACAUUGUCAUCAUCCUCUGCGGGAACAAGAAAGACUUGGACGCUGACAGAGAGGUCACGUUUCUGGAGGCAUCGCGAUUCGCUCAGGAAAACGAGUUGAUGUUCUUGGAGACCAGCGCUCUAACAGGGGAGAACGUUGAAGAGGCGUUCGUCCAGUGUGCCCGGAAAAUCCUGAACAAGAUUGAGUCGGGGGAACUGGACCCAGAGAGGAUGGGCUCAGGCAUCCAGUAUGGCGACGCUGCAUUGCGACAGCUCCGUUCUCCUCGCCGUGCUCAACCGCAGGGCGCUCAGGAGUGUGGCUGCUAGUGGACUUUGUGCAACAUACUAAAUAAAGGUCUGUGAAGACCAGAAAAACAGCCCUGGAGGACCUAACAGUGUUGGGUUUAGGUUGUUGUGCUGGUGACCCCUCCCAUGACCUUUGCACGGACCCUUCAGAGUCUUUAUUUUAAUUUCUGCAUGUGCAGAGAGGUGAGAAGUCCUUCUGCCCCCCCCUCCCCCCUCUCUCACUUCCUGAGAUGGUAAACCACAGACUGCCCCCCCUCCCAUCAGUCUGCUGCUUUACUGGACCAAAAUGGCCCCCGGAUGCAACCGGGAUGGUAAACACUUGCAUGUGUCUCCUGAGUUUUUCCAAACAAUCAUACUGUGUUCCCUCAGAUCCGGUCUAGCGUCCACCUUUACUCCGUUUUAAAUAAACAAGAUUUAACUUCAUAAUUUGUUAGUAAAAUAGGGUGGCGUUUUGCUGUGAUUGCAUUAAGAAAAACAAGAUGAGCUAAUCAUUUCAUUCUUGACAUGGAAAGAAAACCUCUAAAACUCCUGAACUAUUGUACUCACCCUUCCUUUCCGUGCUCUCUCUUUCUAUUCCUCCCGGGUUUAAACACUCCACUACAAGUGGCCCUCAUUAACACCUCCGCAGCUAUCCCACCCUCCUUUCCACCUCCCUUUCUUACAUUAAAUACACCCUCUUUUCCUCUUUCGCUGUACAGAGUUUCUGUAUAUAGAGACCGACGCAUGCUUUCCCAGACGGAGUAUUUUAUUAUUAGGAGAUAUUCCAUCUGUAUUAAAGUAAAACUCUUAUUCUGCAUAAUUUUCAUGCUCCACUGCAUAUUUAUGCUGUAAGACACUGGCUCCUUGUGCUUCGCGUAUGAAGGACGGGUCACCAUUUUAACGGUGGUGUAACACAUGUUUAUCCCACAGCUUAUGAUAACAGACAGAUCUCUCACUAAUAAUUGUUGCUUGUUUACAUGAAAACCUGACUGACUGUUGCCAGCUGCUGGCUGAUAUUAACCAAUCACAUCUACAGUUUGAAUCUUACCUGAUGUGUGAUUUAUUUAUUUUAAUAUUUUAUGACAGUUUUGCCUAACAUGUCACUUCGCUUUAAUUAUCAUCUUUUUAUAUCGCUUUAUUAAAGCCAUAAAAAGCGCCAGUACACUAAAAUUUUACAUCGUGCACACUUUAAACUAAAGCAACUUUUCCUAUUUAGUCAGUGAUAUCCGGUGAUAGUGGCUUUUGCUGUUUCACGUCUGGUUGUCGUUGUUUUGUGUUUUUUGUCAUCAGGUCCUUCUAUCUCCAUGUAUGUCUGUUUUGUCAUUAUGAAUAUCAUAGAUUUUUAAUGUAUUGUUUAUGACAAAUGGCAUAUGUUUUUGAAAUAAAACCAACAACAAAUACA